UGAACGCCCACUGGUCGUCGGAAAAUGGCUGUGAUCUUCAUUUUGCUGAUCCUCCUGCUGGGUUUCGUGGGAUAUAUAGGAUAUAUAGUCCACAAGAAGGGCAUCGAUCCCAAUGACAUCCGCAUCCACAGCCUGCAGGACGCCAAGAAGCUGCUCCAACCACCGCCAAGUGGAAUCGGACCCCACAAAUACCUGGAGAAGAGGGCAUGAGGUCUGGUUUUGGGGCAACUUACUCUUUUGCGGCGUGCUCGUUGCUCCCAACGACGUGUUGGCUCCGAAGAAGGACAU